AUGUCUGAUUGCAAGCUUGUGCUCACUCCUCUUCCCACUAAAUUCUCCGCAACAUAUCCGAAUGAGCCUUCAUAUGAUCGUCCCAAACACUACCGGCAACUUGUAGGAUCUCUACAAUACUUGACGUUUACUCGGCUUGAUCUCUUAUAUGCAGAUAAUUUUCUCGGCACACUAUCUCUCGGUUUGCCCAUUACUUCUUCCAGCCUUAUUUUGAUAGGCUUUGCUGAAUUGAAUUGGGCAAUAGAUCAGAUUGAUCGUCAAUCUAUCACAGGCUAUUGUGCUUUCCUUGGCACCAUCCUCAUCUCUUGGACAAUUAAGAAGCAAACUUCAGUCCCUAGAUCAUCAACGACAGCUCAGUAUAGAGCUCUUUCAACCGCAGCCUGUGAUAUUAUUUGGCUUAGACGGCUAUUGACUGAAUUCUAG